ACAAUUCUAAGCUUUGCCUUUAGGGUUCCAUCUUCCUUGUUCUAUAUUAAUAAUCCUUCCUCCUCUCUGAUUUCUUUAAAAAAAUCAAAAUGGAUAUUCUUAAGUUUUCCAUCUCCCUUCUCCUUGUUUCUUUCCUCCUCGCCGUCUCCGUCUCCUCAUCGACGGACGGCGAUGAUGUGGUGAUCCGGCAGGUGGUCGAUGGAGGAGCGGAGGCCAAUGUAUUAUCGUCGGAAGAUCACUUUUCUCUGUUCAAGAGCAAGUUCGGGAAGGUCUACGCUUCCAGGGAGGAGCACGAUUACAGGUUGUCCGUAUUCAAAGCGAAUGUGAGGCGAGCGAGGCGUCACCAGAAGAUGGAUCCCUCUGCACGUCACGGAGUUACACAGUUCUCGGAUCUGACUCGGUCUGAGUUUAAGAAGAAGCAUCUCGGUGUCAGAGGCGGGUUUAAGCUUCCCAAAGACGCCAACAAGGCUCCGAUUCUCCCUACAGAGAAUCUCCCUGAGGAUUUCGAUUGGAGAGAUCACGGAGCUGUUACUCCCGUCAAAAACCAGGGAUCAUGCGGAUCUUGCUGGAGUUUCAGUGCCACCGGAGCUCUUGAAGGUGCUAACUUCCUCGCCACCGGCAAACUCGUCAGCCUUAGCGAACAACAGCUCGUCGACUGUGAUCACGAGUGUGACCCAGAGGAGGCGGGUUCAUGCGACUCUGGUUGCAACGGUGGCCUCAUGAACAGCGCUUUUGAAUACACCCUCAAAACCGGAGGCCUCAUGACUGAAGAUGACUAUCCUUACACCGGCAAGGACGGCCCCGUCUGCAAGUUAGACAAGUCCAAGAUCGUUGCCUCUGUCUCCAACUUCAGUGUCAUCUCCAUUGAUGAACAACAGAUUGCUGCCAACCUUGUUAAAAACGGACCUCUUGCUGUAGCCAUCAACGCUGCCUAUAUGCAGACUUACAUUGGUGGAGUCUCCUGCCCUUACAUAUGCACCAGGAGCCUCAACCACGGUGUCUUAUUGGUCGGUUAUGGCUCCGCUGGUUACGCUCCUGCUAGGUUCAAGGAGAAGCCUUUCUGGAUCAUCAAGAACUCUUGGGGUGAGACUUGGGGUGAGAAUGGUUUCUAUAAGAUUUGCAAAGGCCGUAACAUAUGUGGCGUUGACAGUCUUGUCUCUACCGUUUCAGCCGCCGUCUCCACCACUUCACAUUAACUUAGCAGCAGGGCCUCGUUAAAUAAAAUUAAUUCACUCUGGUGAUUUGUGUGAGCGAGCACUCUUUGCAUUGACUCUCUAUUCCCUCUCUGCUUUUUUUAAAGAAAGAUGAAGUUUGUAAAUAAAAGUUGUAUCCAUCCUUCGUUGAGCAAAUCAAUACCAUGAGUCCAUGACAACCGCGGUUGAUUUAUGUUAUGGCUCACUUAUGGGCCCCUAGCUAUCAGUUCAAAGUUCCAAGUUUC